UGUGUGUACGUGUGAGUGUUAGUGUUUGUGCCACCAAAUGCUGUGCCAUCAGCUGACAUUGUGCUGGUCGUGAGGAGGACGACGAGCACACGACGAGGAUAUUGAAGUCGUCGUUGUUUCCGUUCGGUUUUGAUCAGUUACGGAAAAUUGGUACCGGAACCGGGACCGGGACCAUGCCGAUCAUUGCCGAUGCCGCCAACGAUGAGCCACCAGCAAAAUGUUGCAAAUAUUGUGAGGAGUCUACGCACAGCGUGGACGGCGGCCCUGCAUCGUGGCGUUUAACGCUCGAUCAGGAUCUAAUUGACACGCUCAAGGGUAACUUUCCCAGUUGGUUUCAAGGCACAUCAGGCGUCGCCGCCGCAGUAGCAGCAACAACAAAUAAACCCCAACAGCAACGGCAACAGAAGUUAGUGGCAACCAGCAUCAUACCCAUAAGCAUAGACACCAAAUCAACCAACAGCAGCAACAAUACACUCCAACAACAACAACAGCAAAAUAAGCAGCAGCAGCAGCAGCAACAACAGCAAACAGUCAUACUGAGCAGCUGUUCAUCAUCAGCAUCGCCCGCCUCAUCCAUAAGCUCGAAUUCUUCAAAGAAAUCCAACAGCAGCUGCAGCAGCAGCAGCGUGAGCAGUGUUAGCAGCUGCAGUAGUACUAGUUCCAGCUCCAGCUCCAAGUCAGUUAGCGCAACAACGGCGCAACGUUUGCUGAACAAGUCCACAUCCACAUCGCCCAAUAAGAGCCUAACGCGCACUCUUAAGGCCACUCAAAAGUCGCACGGGAAUAGCCCAAAGGUUGGCCAACUUGUCAAAUCUGCCUCGCUGCAUAGUUUGAGCAGCGGCAGCGGCAGCAGCGCCAGUGGCAGCAGCGCAAGUGGCAGCAGCGGCGGCUCAUCGCUGCUGGCCACCAUCUCCACAUCGCCGCUGACCACCGUCGAGCUCAUCUCGAGUGCCACUUGCAACGGCCUGCUGGCCACACGGCUCAGCGGUAAGGCCUUGGAGCAUACUUUUCAGGACAUCAUACUGCUGCAAGAGGCAUUCGACACUAUGUCAGAGGGUAAACAGCGUCUGCACGCUACGUUCCUGGGCAGCAGCGAUGAUGGCAACAAUUCCGAUUGCUACGAUGCCAGACAAUCGCCGCCAAAGGCCAUUGUCGACUCCAGUCCGCUGCAGCCGGCCAUGGAUAAGAAUAAAGAAUCGCUCAAAGUGAAACUGAUGGUGCGACGGCCGCACUCCCAACUCGUCGAGCAGGGCAUUAUACCAUCGCUCAAAACCUCGCCCGCCAUCCAUGAACAAUGCAAGCAACUGGAACGCGCCAAGACCAGCGAUUUGCUGAAGGCCAAAAUCCAACAGCGGCCGAAUCGGGAAGAUCUCGAACGAUUGCACAUACUGGAGGAGGAUGAGUGCCACAUUGAUCCGAGCCUGGCGGAGAAGCAGCGCAUGCUGAAGAAGGCUCGCCUGGCGGAUCACCUCAACUCCCAGAUUCAGCAUCGACCAGGGCCGCUGGAGCUAAUCAAGAAGAACAUAUUGCAUACGGAGACGCCCAUCGAGAAGAUAGUCAAAGAGGGCCUGGUGCCGUUCAAGGCAACCAGCGAGGGUCUGUUGACGCGACCACAGCAUCCGCACAGCUAUAUCACCUACGAUGAGGAUUCGCUGAGUUCCGAGAGCGAUACACGCCAAACGCCGCCACGUCUCGAUGAGCUUAUGCCAGCGGCUGUGGCUGGCGGCGGUGUUGCCGCCGUGGUGCGCGGGGAACCACAAGCUGCUACGCCCAAGGAUGUGCUGCAGGCAGCUGCAGCCUCUGCUGGAAUUGUCACAGUGGCGCUGACCACGCCCACGCCCACAUCCACCCAGCCCAGCAGCAACGGUGGCCAGCAACUGGUGCUCAGCAUGGUGCCUUCGAUACAAUUGGUGAGCACAACAGAUUGCCACGUGGCUGGCACACAUGUGGUGAGUGCACCACCGCCACCACCACCACCGAUGCCCAUGUCCAUGUCCAUGCCUGUUGCCAGUGCCACUGCCAUCAAGGUGAAGCAGGAGACGGCCAAUCUGUUUGAGGAGCUCUGCCAGAGCGUUGUCGGUCCAACAGCCAGUCCAGCCAACAGUCAACACAUGUUGCCCAUGCUCGCCUCGCCCUGUUCCCUGGGUUCCAGCACGUCGACGCUAAGUCCGCUGUCUUCCAUUGCAUCACCGCCGCCGCCGACGUUGCCGACGACGCGGCUACAUCUGCAACCGGUUGCUGUCAAAUCGGAUGCGCCCGGCAAGGACAAGAAUCGCAAGAAAUCCAAGUCGAAGCCAGUGUCCAAGGCGCGCACCAUUAAAUUCCACGAGUAUAAGGGACCACCCAGCGCCGCUGGACAAGCACAGGAUCAAGCGCAGACAGAUCAGACAACGUCCUAUCAACUGCUCCUCGAACAGCAAAACUAUCUGCUCAAGUUUCUGGAGAACCUCAACAAGAAUCAAUCCAUACUGCCAGCUGCAAGUGCUGCAGCUGCUGCUGCAGCCACCGCCAAUAGCAACUCCAUCAACACAACGGCCAACAGCAUCACGGUGACCACAAAGACGGUGCCAGCCUUAGCCACAGCGAUCAGUACAGCAGCAACGCCGGCGCCCGUAACGCUGCCCAAUACCAUUUCCAUAACCAGCAGUUCAGGUGGUGCAGCUUUAAACUUUGGCGAUGCCACACUGCUGACGGCAACGCCUGCAGUCACACCCACUCCUGCACCGCCCACACUAUCACUUAUUGCAACACAACAGCAGCCGACAGCAACAGUUGCCACAACAACAAUGCAACAGCAGCAACAUCCACCACCGCAGCCAUCGCCAGCACUUUCCGUUAGCUCCUCAAUACCACCCAGUCCGGCAAACAGUUAUGCAGAGUCCACCACCAGCUCCAUAUCAGAUCUGACGAGGCUGGAGAAAAUGAAGGUAUCCGAUUUGAAGCAGCAUCUCAAGCGUCGCAAUCUGCCCGUCUCCGGCCCUAAACCGCAGCUGAUUGAGCGACUGAAGCCGUAUUUGCCACUGGAGCCCAUUGAGUGCAGCAGCACACCGGCAAAUGCGCCUGCAACUACCACAGAAAUCAUCACGAUCAGCGAUGCAAUGGACACCAGCAACUGUGGCAUCACAGAUGCGGUGCCACAGCCACCGCCAGUGGCCAUGCUGGUCGCCGAGUCGCCAGUGGAGCACGAACAAAUGGAUGUGGUGCAACAACAGCUGGAUGGCAAUCACGCACUGACGCUGCAAACGAUUCUGCCACCUCAGCCACAAACAGCAACGAUCAUACUGAACGAGGAGCUGUUGCGUCGACAGCAACGUAAAAUCGAUGAGCUGCAGCGAAAGCUGCAACGCUCCCAGCAAGAGUUGCAGCAGAUACGGCGCCAGCAGCAACAGCAAACGGUUACCGCUCAGGUGGUGAAUGCGCUGCCCUCGCAACAGAUAACGCUGAUAACAACCACCACGGCAAAUGGGCCGCAGCAAACAUUAACAGUGCUGCCACAGCUGGAGAAAACCAUACCAGCUAAGGUGACCGUGAAGCAACCGGCGACAGCGGCAGCAACAGCAGUAAAGGUAAACGGUGGUGUGCACAACAGCAUCAACAACAACAGCAGCAGUCAACAUAAAAAGCUCACCAACAACAAUAGCAGCAACAACAACAACAGUUGCCAGCAGCCGGCACCUAUUAGUCAAAAAAUGGUGGUCAAGCAGCAGCUGGAGGCAAAGAUACAAAAGCAAAAGGCUGCCGCUGCUGCAGCGGCGCAACAGGCACUGCAACAUCAACAACAGCAGCAGCAACAGGCGCAACUGCAACAACAGCAGCAGCAGCAGCAGCAGCAGCAGUUGCGAUUGCUUACGCAAAAGACACAAACUGUAGUCAUUCCAUCCAACCACAAUAACAACACAAAUAGCGCGUCCAAGCUACCAGCCACGUCCACAAAGCACGCAAAUGGUACUGCUGCUGCUGCUGCUGUUCCCAAUACGACGACAAUAUUGCAUACAGCGAAGCCAAUUACAUCAGCAACAGCUACCAUGCCGCAUCCAAAUAACGUGGGUCUCGUCUGGAACGAAGGCAACCAGACCAUAUUUCUGCUUGGUCUCAACGAUCAACAGAUGACAGCGCACACGCUGGGCAACAUAAGCUUAACAGCGACAACAACAACUACAACAUCAGCAACAGCGCCGCCGGCAGCAGCAGUGGCAACAACUGCCACAAAGAAGCUCCUCAAUGGACAUCAGCGCACAAAUUCGCUGCCCAGCAUUGUGUUUCCCAUUGAUGCCAAACCAAUUAUUACACAACAGCAGCUGCAGCAAAUGCAACUACAACAACAACAGCAGCAGCAGCAGCAACACUUUCAACCUGGCCAGCAGCAGCUCAUACAGCUGGAUAUUAAGCCGACAACAGCGCCGCCUCCGCAAUAUGAGGAGGCCACUAAGCAGCUGGCGGCCAGCAAAGCAGCUGCCGCAAUGGGCAACAGCAUGCCCCUUAUGAAAAUCAAAGAGGAGCCAGCAGCAUCACCUGCGUCAGCAACAACAGCAACAUCAGGAGCAGCAGCAGCAGCAGCAGCAACCAACAAUAGCUGCCUGGUGCAGCGCAAACCAACGGGCAUUAAAUCGGAGCAGGUGAGCGAUGUUCUGGACAUACUCAUCAAACAGGGAGAGCUACCCGAGAGCGCGGCAUUGGAACCCAUAACACCCCUGACGCCUCUGCCCGAACUAUCUAUGUUCAGUGGUGUGACGCCGACAACAGCAGCGGGCGGUGCAAGUAUUGUGCCGCUCGUACCGAAAUUGGAGGCGCCACCCACACCGCAAUCGCUGCCCAAUCUAGACAUGGCCAUGGACACCAACGACAGUCACCUGAGCUAUGCAUCCAGCAAUCCGCAGACUACAACGCACGGCUACAUUGACAAUAUUGAUAUGAGCUCGCCAGCUUCGACGACCAUCAAUGCGGAGAGCGUGGCCAAAACGUUGGACAUAUUCCUGGAGCAGCAUCAUGCCACACCGCCGCCGAGCACGCCGCCUAAAUGCAACAGCAGCAGCAACAGCGGCAGUGGCAGCAUCGGCGAAAAGCCCAACAGCCCCGAUGCCAAGCUGAAUCAUUUUGAUGAGUAUGAGCUGCUCGAGCUGAUGUCGCAGCAGCUAGAAAUGGACAUUGGCGAUGACUCGAGCAAUUACUGUUCGGGCACUGGCAAGAGUAACAGCAGCAGCGGCGGCGGCAGCAACAACAACAGCAGCCUGCGACGCGAUCUCAAUCCUAGCCUACAACCCAGCAUCAAUGAACUGCUCGAUGCCAGCAGUCCGGACAACGUGCUCCUGAAUAACAAUCACAAUGCCGAUGUCGACUUCGAUGCCGACAGUUUUGUGGCACAGCUUAGUCAGCAUGUUACUGCCAGCAGCAGCAACAACGCCAGCAAUAGCAGCACUGCCAACAAUAAUAGCAACAAUGCUGCUGCCAUCGCAGUCGAGUGUGGGCAGGCAAAUGGUCACAAUCCAUAUAACAGCACCCCAAUGGAUGUCUGCGAUGAUUUCGAGAGCACACUGAACUCCUUCAUGCAGGUGGUCACCCAGCCGCAAUCUGCUGGUCAUGGGGAUUACAGCACAGCAGCAGGGGGCAUUGUCAACGGUGUGGGAAGCAGCAGCGCCAUGGAUGGCAGUGGUGGUGCUGUGGAUGCAUUCAAUGCCAGUUGCGAUAUUUUUGAUUUGUUCAACAUUGAUGACUACAAGAUGAGCUGGGCAGCCAGUGAUUUUACCGUUUAAUGAAAGGCAACAAAAAAAAAAAUACACACACACACACACACACACAUGGACCUAUGAUUUGGUCAAACUUGUUGCUUUGCCCAAUUUGAUUGAUCCUUAUGCAAUGUAGCUCACUUUUCUCAAAAGUAUAUUCCUGAAAAUUCGUUACGAAAAAAAUAUACAACUAAAACGCAGUCCUAUUUAUUUUCUAAAUGCAUUUAAACCAAUUGAACGAUAUAGUUAAAUUCUAAAACUAUACAAUUUCCAUAAAAAGAAAAACAAAAAUACGAAAUACACACACACACACACAUACACAUACACAACGAAAGCCUAAAUUGCCGGGAGCGUUAGUCCAAAAAACACUCCACUAUAUUUCUGCAACCCUUUCCUAUCUAAGCAGCAGCAACAACAAAAAAAAAAACAAAAAAACAAAAAAAAAACACCG